UGUAGUAGUCAAAACAGCAAUCACUUCCCGUUUAUAUUAUUCGUCGGGUUGAACAAAUGCUUUAUUUUGUCGAUAUACACGACUUGUUUAUUUCUUUAAGGGAACAUUUAAAUAAAAAUAUCUUAGCUCUGAAAUUUCAUUGAUACCGUUAUUAACUGUGUAUAAGCGCAAAGUUUUUCCAUGACAGCAAUCAGCUGUUUACUGCGUGGUGUUCCUGCCAUUGUUCUGCACAUGAUAACAGUAAUUUGUUGUCCUUUCGCAAAGCGUUUUUGCCAUAGCGCUACGAUAAUGUACGAACGUGGAAAAGAUUAGAAAUUCGUUUCUAAACACAAAUGAAGGCUCCUGAAGUAAUGGCAGCUGGAAGAGGGGUCAUAAGUUUGCGAUUCAAUCAGGAUCAAGGAUGUUUCACCUGUUGUAUGGAAACAGGAUUGCGUAUUUACAAUGUAGAGCCCUUAGUGGAAAAAGCUCACCUAGAUCUGGAUCUUGUCGGGAGUGUUUGUUCCUGCGAAAUGCUUCAUCGGACAAACCUGCUAGCUAUUGUCGCCGGGGGUCCACGACCUAAGUUUGCCGAGAACACCGUUCUCGUUUAUGACGACGCUUCCAAGAAGUUCAUAAUGGAACUUACGUUUCCUGCUAGGGUGCUUGCUGUUCGUUUGCGGAGAGACAGGAUGGCGGUUGCUACCUGUAACCAAAUACAUGUAUUCACCUUCCCGCAACCUGCUCGACGCCUACUCACUCUAGAGACCAGGGACAAUGAGCGUGGUAUAUGUGAGAUGAGUCCGAUGGCUACCAGUGAACGACAACUGCUUGCCUUCCCAGGUCACAAGCUUGGCAGUGUCCAACUGGUGGAUCUGGCAAGUACUGAAGCAGGGAGCUCAAGUGCACCUGUUACAGUCAAUGCACACCGUGGUGCAUUAGCGUGCUUGGCACUUAAUCAACAAGGUACAUUAAUUGCCACUGCAUCAGAGAAGGGAACGCUCAUUCGUGUGUGGGACACUGUGCGUCGAACUCUCGCAGUGGAACUGCGGCGUGGUUCUGAUCCGGCAACCCUGUAUUGCAUCAACUUUAGCCGUGAUUCAGAAUUUCUGUGUUGUUCAAGUGACAAGGGAACAAUCCAUAUAUUUGCCUUGAAGGACACCCAUCUCAACCGGCGCUCAACUUUCUCUAAAAUGGGCUUCCUCGGUAACUACGUGGAAUCACAGUGGGCACUCGCCAAUUUCACAGUACCCCCUGAAUGUGCCUGUAUCUGUGCCUUUGGAUCUCGUACAUCUGUUGUUGCGGUGUGCUUGGAUGGCACGUUCCAUAAAUAUGUCUUCAAUUCCGAUGGCAAUUGCAACCGUGAAGCAUUUGAUGUUUUCCUUGAUGUAUGUGAAGAUGAUGACACUUGCUGACAGCAGCCAGUGGUUCACAAAAACAGGAAAAGAGUAACUUCUGUACAUAGUACAUUACAGACUGUGUGUCUAGAACUGCUUGCACUCCCCUGCAGGAGGAUAUUUACAGCUAUAUUUUACACAACUCAUUUGAAAGUGAACUGUUGUCCUUUUGUGCUUGCUAUUUGUCGAUUUUUGCUUUUGUACAAAUAUAUUACAAAUGUGUAUUUAAUGUGUUGACUGCUGUCCAGUAAUGGAAAAUUGUGUUUAUUUUGUCUCGAGACAUGCUUUCAGAGAAGCAUUGUUUCAUCUGUAUACAGUCUUAAAAAGCAGCUAUGCACAAAUUAUUGUUUUCUUGUAAAUACAGCCAAGGGUUAUGUGUGCUAAUUCCACUGCCACCAGUUGUACAUAAAGUGCACAGAAAAUGGAGAAACAACAAAUAAUUUGUUUACUAUACAGCUAAUGGGAUAUUGUGUACGAAUGUGUUCAUUGUUAGCUAAAUGACAGACAUAAAUGGUGUUUGAUGAAAAGAUCUUUAAAUUUAAAAUUACGCAUUUUGCUAAACAUGGUGCACAUAUUGGUGGUUUUCCACAUGAUGGAUAUUUGUGUGUCACUUUCAGGAUUUUGUGGAAUGUGAAGGAGACAAUGUGAUUGUUUUUAGGGUAAGUGGAUCUCUGCCAAGUUUGCAGUUUUUAUGUGUAAUCCACAGAGUUCCUGCUGUUCUGGAAUUAGUUGCUAGUUUCGUUAGUUUGGAUAUGUGUACUGUUGGUUCUGUUUCAGCAUGAAAUAAAUCCUACAAAAAGCAUGACUUAGAUGUUAGGAAUGUCUGUCUGUGUAAAAGAACCAAUAUCUAAGGAAGUUUUUAGGUUGUGUUGAAUUUCUCCCUAUCAUAUCUGUACAUUACAUCAGGUGUGAGGUACUGCUGUAAAGGAAUUGUCACAAUGUGAUACUAUUAUUGAGCAUUCUCAAUUCAUCCAUGAUAUAGCAUGGCAUAAAAAUGCCGCUUAAAAGUAAUCACAUAUAGUUUUUUCCAGGUGAUUCAUCAGAAGAUAAAAUUAGGGCAUCUGUAACAUAUUAUAUUUUCUGAAUACCAGUGUGACUGGUAGUGGAACUGAUAAAAGUGAAUGUUUUACUUAAAUAUUUAAUUUUGAUUUUUGUAAGCCAUGAACUUACAAAAAUUUCUUUGUUCUGAUUUUUGUUCUUCUUUGUGUUUGUAUACUUUCCUGUAAGUGUUGUAGCUAAAAUAGAGUAGUUCUUGGAAACAUUCAGUCAACCAGUUGUAAUAAAUCUUAUUCCCUAGCAUAUUUUUUGUGUCAUGCCCACUAAUUAUAAUGUGAAAGCAAGAUAAGGUGUUCGGAUGUAAGUUGGACAUACUUGUUAACUGCUUCAUGGAGAAUAGCCUUCUUUUACAGUAUGGUUAUAAAUAGUUCUUCACUUCAGGCAAGAGAAGAAAUUACUGCUUAUCUUCUCCGGUAUGAUUCAACAUUUGUUGUUCUAUUUCCUCCAGUAGAUGUUUGUGGUGUAAUGUACUACUGUUCCUCUCCUCCUUGCUGAGCAUUUCUUCCAUUUAUGUCUCUGUGAUGUUCAUGUAUUCUACUCAUAUGGCAUGCUUUCCCUUUCAUUGACCCAGUAAGUUGGUUUUGUUGGUGAAGUAUAAUAAAACCUGGGCAUAAGUUAAGUUUUAACUGUGCUCAGUGUCAACAGAUUCUAGAACAUGAAAUAACAUUUCUUGUCAGCUUCCAUUUUUUCCAUGCCUUGCCUUAAUUUUUUAAAUGUUGUUAAAUGUAAUACCAGUAUCUUUGUAAUAAGUAUAUAUCAAAGUUUGUAAUAUAUCACUAUUGAUUAGUGGGCCAUCAAUCAUUAAGUUACUUCUGCAAAUUGUUUAGUAGUUGUAGCAUAUUCUUUGACUUUUCAUGAGUGAAAUAGUGAUAACAAAUCAUAGUUAUUUCUUAUUUGAAUCUGUUUAUUUGAAAAUUUUUGGUGAAUCCUUAUUUAAUCAGUUUGUUACAACUAUUGAAAGCAAUUCUCUCACAAUUUCUCUUUAGUCUGUCUUUUAUUUACUUGCCUCUACGCUACUAUUUAUACUGAACUAUUAUUUUAGUUCUUUAUUCUAUUGUAGCACUGCAUAUAUUUUUUACACUUAUUAAUUAAAAACAAAUUCAUACAGUUACCAGUUGAUAAAUUAAUGUAUGUAGGAGACCUGUGUACAAAGUGAGAUAUUUAAUGUGACUAAUUAGUGACACACAUUUCAAUUUAAUAAAAUGACAGUAAUUUGAGCAGAACUGCCUUAUUGCACUGCAUAGCAUUCUGCAGCUCUUGGAAGUGCAUCCUCUUGCAAGCAGUACAUUUUUAUCAGUGAUAAUUUUUAAAGAUAAGCCAUAGACUGAUGUCAGUGUACAUUUAGAAAAAUGUAUGUUUGUCUUCCAUUUCUAGAAAUUCAGUAAAAUGGUUUCUGUCAAAAUUAGUCUUAUUUAUAUGUUCUGAGUACCUGACAAUCUGUUAAUAACAAUUUCUCUCUUUCUUUUAUGUUGUAGUUAUAUAUUAAGAAGUCAUUUAAUUUUUUAUCUAACUUGAUAAAUAGAUUUUUAUUGCUUCAAUUAAGUUACAUUUGUUGACAGUGUGUCAAACUGAGUCAAUAUGUUAUUGGUUUUAUUACAUAAACUUGGUUAAAGGUUAUCUCAGUGUAAAUAUACUAAGCCAUGCAGUAUGUUUGUAGUAUUUUGCCGUAUCUGUGUGAAAUAGUUGAAUAAGAAUAAAAUAAUCAUUUGUGGCAGAUUAAAAUUGAGCACCAAAUCAGAACUCAAAAUACAGAUCUAUUAUCCAAACAUGGCUCAUAGACAGGGUGAAAGCUUCAUUCAGCCAGUAUAUUCUCCACAUUUCUGCAAAUUCCACCUAAGUGUUCCUACACAUAUAUUGCAGAGUGAAAAUUUUGUUUAAGAAAUAGCACUUCAAACAAGUUUUUCAACUUGGGAAACCAGUAUGCAACACACUCACUUUGGGGUUUGUAAAACUGAGAUAGAGGCACUGAAAGUUUGGAACUUUGAAUAAUUACAAAUUGCUUGCUCAGAUGGCUGUGUUGCCUGUGGAAGACAAGUAUCUAGGGACAUGUCUGUCUGGCACACGGUUUUCAUUUUCCCACUCCAGAGUGCACAUUUCAGUUUAGGAGAAUAAAAUAACUUCAUUUUCAACAUCUUCCUCCCCUUUGCUCAUAUACCAGCAUCUUAAUCAAACAGUUCUAAAUGUUUGUAUGUA